GUUCAAACCAAUUAUCAGCUAUCAAAAAGCUUCUGCGGGCAGCACCACUCCGCGCACCCACAACAAUGGCGUCGAUGACGAUGACGAUGGCGUCGUCCAUGCCUCGGCUGUUCCAACGCCUCCCACCAAAUUCGAGAAUUACCAUUGGGAGCUUCCAUGAUUAUAUCCUCACUCUUGACAACCCCAGAAGCAUCAAGUUUUGUUAUGGACAGAAUAUAUAUCAUAGGCAAUCGACUUCUUUGUCUGUCAGAGGUUUAGAGGCAGUGAUUACGGAUCCGAAGGACAAUGCAGUAACUUUGAAAAAUGCCAAGAUUGUUGUAGAGUCCCAAAAAGAAAAUCAGAUGCAACUGAGAGUGGAUUUGACUGGCGAUGAGACACAAAGAGUAUUUGAUCAGGUUCUGACUAAUCUUGCUCGUACAGCACCGCCAAUUCCAGGUUUUCGUAGGCAAAAAGGAGGAAAAACAACAAAGGUUCCCAAGGAUUUUCUCUUACAGAUCCUUGGUGAAGACCGCGUCACCAAGUUUGUGAUCCAAGAAAUAGUUACUUCAACAAUGGCUGAUUAUGUGAAAAGGGAAAACCUGACUCUGAAAGAGAACAAAAUCAGCACAACCCAGACAGCAGAAGAACUCAAAUCAACAUUUGCUCCUGGAAAAAAUUUCGGAUUCAACACUGUAGUGGAACUUGAAAGUCCAGAAAUUGAGACAUCAAGUUCCACCUCCAAUGACUUGUAGAAUUUUUAUUCUUUAUUAAAUAAAAAGGGAGAUACUCAGUAA